AUGGGGGAGGUUAGCCUGGCCGAGGACAGUCUGACAGAUGAUAAAGUAAAGGCAUACCUUUCCCAUCAUGCACAUGUGCUGGAAGAAUAUGUGGCAGAAAGUGUUGAUGUCGGAACAGUAGAAAAAUGGCUAAUGAAGAAACACAACAGAACAGAAGAUGACAGUGUGGCUAAGGAAGCUAAAAGGUACUUGGACAGCAACAUGCAGUCAGUGGUUCAAGAGUUAAAUACCCACGUAGAAAAGUAUGAUGAUCUUGCCGCUGAUAAUAAACUAGUUAUCUAUGAAUUAUCCAACAUCAUAAAAACAGCUACCAGUGCGGACUCAUUUGCGCUUUAUUUCAUGGGAGAAUGUACCAAUGAAUCACUAUGCUUGUAUACUCCUGUGGGAUUUAAAGAUAAACAGCGACUCAUUCCUGCUGGACACAUUGGAUAUGGCACCACUACAGCAUCGUAUGUUGCUAAGUUCAGGAAAACCCUAUUGGUAGAAGACAUUGCUGACGAUAAACGAUUUCCAAAAGGGACAGGACUGGACACAGGAACUGCGGUCCAAUCUGUUCUCAGUUUACCAAUAAUCACCGCUUCAGAUGAAUUAUUAGGCGUUUUAGAAUUGCAUCGAGAUUUUGGCCACGAUCCUUUUGAUAUCAAUCAACAAAAGGUUGCCACUGCAAAUUUAGUGUGGGCUUUGGUAGCAUUUAAUCAAGUCCAGAUAGCCAAAGGCCUUACCAAACAGACUGAAAUGAAUGAUUUUCUACUAGAUGUGUCCAAAACCUACUUUGAUAACAUAUUGGCAAUAGAUUCACUGCUUGAACACAUUAUGAUAAAUGCAAAAAACUUAGUGAACGCAGAUCGCUGUGCGCUCUUUCAGGUUGACCACGUCAAGAAAGAGUUGUUUUCAGACUUGUUUGACAUCGGUGAAAUGAAGGAAGGAAAACCAGUCUUCAAGAAAACCAAAGAGAUCAGGUUUUCUAUCGAGAAAGGAAUUGCUGGACAAGUGGCACGGACUGGAGAAGUUCUAAACAUUCCUGAUGCCUAUGCAGACCCCCGCUUCAACAGAGAAAUAGACCUGUACACAGGGUAUACCACACGUAGCAUCCUCUGUAUGCCUAUCGUCAGCCGAGGGAUUGUCAUUGGUGUUGUACAAAUGGUGAACAAAAUGAGUGGACAUGCCUUUACUCAAACAGACGAGAAAAACUUUAAACUGUUUGCAGUUUUCUGUGCUUUGGCUUUACACUGUGCAAAUAUGUACCACAAAAUACAACAGUCAGAGUGUAUUUAUCGAGUCACAAUGGAGAAGCUGGCUUAUCAUAGUGUGUGUUCAAAUGAAGAAUGGCAGACCCUCAUGAAAUCCACACUUCCGAAAGCUCUUUGCAAAGAAAUCGAACAAUUCCACUUUGAUAUCAGCCCCUAUGAGGACCUCUGGCCAACCUUUUAUGUCUAUAUGAUUCAUAGUAGCUGUGGAAAAAACAGCAUGGACCUGGAGAAACUAUGUCGAUUCACAAUGUCCGUGAGGAAAAAUUACCGCCGUGUGCCUUAUCACAACUGGAAGCAUGCAAUCAGUGUGGCUCAUUGCAUGUACGCCAUCCUGCAGAGCGUCCAGGGAACAUUUACGGAACUGGAGAAAAAAGGUCUCCUUGUGGCUUGUUUGUGCCAUGACCUCGACCAUAGAGGGUAUACCAAUACCUAUCUACAUAAGUUUGACCACCCGCUGGCUGCUUUAUAUUCCACCUCCACAAUGGAGCAGCAUCACUUUUCCCAGACAGUUGCUAUCUUACAGAUGGAAGGGCAUAAUAUUUUCGCCAAUCUAACAGGGGAUGACUACGAGCAUUUGCUCGAGAUUAUUCGGAAGGCCAUUAUUGCCACUGAUCUCGCUCUAUAUUUUGGAAACCGAAAACAGUUAAGUGACCUAAUGCAAGCAGGAGCAUUGAACAUCAACAAUCAAGCACACAGAGACAGGGUGAUUGGUCUAAUGAUGACAGCUUGUGAUCUCUGCUCCGUCACCAAGUUAUGGCCAGUUACCAGGGCAACAACCAAUGAUAUAUAUUCUGAAUUCUGGGGAGAGGGUGACGAGAUGAAAAAAGGAGGAAUACAGCCCAUACCCAUGAUGGACAGGGAGAAAAUUGAUGAAAUUCCUGACGGCCAGGUUGGUUUCUACAAUGCUGUAGCCUUGCCUUGCUAUCGUACACUUGCAGAGGUCUUUCCAGCAAGCACUCAGCUGCUAAAAGCUUGCAGGUAG